UUGAACCACUUGCCAGAGGCGGAAACCGAUACUGAGAUGAGGUUCUGAUUUAGAAUUGAAGGCUUAUUUCAAAGUCUCAUUUUGGGGCAUUUAGUAAAUCAAAUACUUCGUCUUAAAGGAAACAGGGAAAAAACCCAGCACCAUGAGUUUUAGCAAUUGCCGCAUUUUCUCUGUUACUGUUACCAGUAACACGUCGGUCCUUUCCGGCAUACGCACGGCCAUAUAUUUCAUCUCAAAGGUCAGAGACCAGAAAUUCCAGUUCCGGUAAUAUCAUUUUACUGUGUGAGUUUACUGAUAGUCGAAUGUCACGUCUUCCUGCUGCUCCCCCUUCUGCCGCCGAAAGCUGAGACUCCUGCUGUCUGUGCGUCAGAGAAGCAGUAAGACACGCUGACGGUUAACCACCAAGAGAACUGCAGCCUGACCGGAACCCGCGCCCCUGGCGGACGCACCUGCCUUCCCCAGGUGCCGGGCCUCUGCUGCCGACAUGUCCGGUUUCGAAGACGCUGACACGGAAGAGACCCUGACUUGCCUCCGGGUCACCGCUUACCAUCCGGGCCAGAUGCAGACUGGGAUAUUCCAGUCAAUAAGGUUUCAUAACCGAGAGAAACAGCCCUCCUGCGAAGUGCUGAAAUUUGGCCGGAAUUCCAAUGUCUGUCAUUAUAUUUUUCAGGACAAACAGGUUUCCCGAGUUCAGUUUUCCCUGCAACUGUUUAAAAAGUUUGAUAGCUCAGUUCUCUCUUUUGAAAUUAAAAAUAUGAGCAAGAAGACCAGUCUGAUUGUGGACAACAAGGAGCUGGGCUACCUCAAUAAGAUAGACCUGCCGUACAAGUGCAUGGUCAGGUUUGGCGACUACCAGUUCCUGAUAGAGAAGGAGGAGGGAGAGUCCCUGGAGUUCUUUGAGGUUCUGUUCAUGAUGUCUCCAAGAUCCCUCCUGCAAGAAAACAACUGGCCGGUACAGAUGCCCAUUCCUGAGUAUUCCAGCAUUUCAUCCUGUUCCACCGGAAGCACUUCUCCUAUAGAAACUGAUGAAAAUGAACCAUGAGCACGACAGCAAGAGGAGAAUUGAGGAUGGGGAGCUGUGCAGACACUCCCCUGGUUGUGUGUAUUAGUGUGGUGCAUUCCUGUCAUGUUACGCUAUCAAAUUUGUGGUCUAGUGCUACCAUUUUGAAGUCUGUUGUUUGUGUUAGACAUGGAGUUGGUCACCUGCUGCAUGCCUGCAUGUGUCAAGGAUAAUUUUAAGUGUACAUCUGUUGAAGGUUAAUGUACAGAAAGUAUUCUUUGUGAUAAAGAGAGUGUUCUCAAAUAAAGUUACAGUGUUUUCUUUUUAUGCUUGA